UAACGUCAAGUCUGAGCUGGCUACGGAUCGGAAGGAUGCGAUUCCAUCUGAACGGCCCGGUCCGUCGGGGAAACAGAAGCUUGUUGAGGUGAAGAGAGAGGAGGUUAAUGGGAAUCAGGUUAGGGAAGAGGAGAAUGGCAUAAUUGAAGGAGCUCGAGCAGGAGGUGGAGAUCGAGUGAUGGAAUUGCUUUCGAAUAAUGAGGGAGUCGCGAAUGAUAAGGCAGAGGCAAAGGAAACAGCUGAAGAAGUAGUACCAAGCGAAAUAGAGAAAGAAGAGAAACAAGUGGAGGAGAGAUUACAAGUGUUGAAUGCAAAGAAACACAAUCUCGUCCAAGUUCUUAAGCUGAUUCUGAAUGCUGAGGAAGAAUUGAAAAGGCGCAGCAGCAUCACGCAACAACCAGGAACAACAGCGUCUCGUCCUUCUCUUCCACUCCAUGUAGAUGUCUCUAAUGACUCUGGAGGUAAUGCUGCUGCUCACAUGGAAGGCGGAGAGACGAAUGAUGCAGGGAAUCAUAAUAAUGCUCAAACUCCCAGUGUUCUUCGACUAUGCGGUGCUUCUUCAUCAUCUGAAUCUCCGCUCAGAAGAGCAGCCGCCUUUUCACAGCACAAUAUGGCUUCGCAUCCUUCUAGAUGGAGCCCACGCGUGGGUCCAACUCAACCGGGGAAUCCAAGUGCUGCUGCGGGAGGAGGCACUGUGUCUGCGUCAGGAACAAACUACAUAGCUUCAUCACCUUCACCAGCUGGUUCUGGUGGCACUUCUGUUUUCAGAGAAACACGUCUACAGAGUCCAGGGAAUUAGCAGCUUCUCCUCUUUAUCGCUGCACUAACGUCUUCCUUUUUGUAGCUGUUAAGAGAAAACUAAUGUGAGAUUAUGAGAAACAUGUUCAUAGCGAUUGUUCUAUAAAUAUAUGAUGUUUUACACUGAAGAUUGUUUGGUCCGACUGUAUCAAAAUGUAAUUUAAUUUCAGACAUUCAGUUUCCGAAUCUGAAAUCUAAUAAAUAUUUAUAUGCUUA